GCUUCUUCAACUGAGCAUCUAAUAAAUUAUUCACAACUUUCUCACACAAAAUCCCUAAUUUCGAAAAAAAAAAAAAAAAACAUUCUAAAUCCGUAAUUUUGCUCGAACGAAAUUCACUAUUCAGAGCUCCAAAUCCAAUCACAGUAGACACCGCCUUCCGUCGCAAGCAGCUAAGCUGGCCAGAGACAAGCUAAGAUAAGGAGAGAGGGAGGAUUAAAUCGGAAAGUUGAUCGAGACGAGCAGAGUGACUCGAACCCCCGACCUAUCAAUUGGAGGGGAAACGUCUUAUCAACUGAGGUGCACUUUGUUGUCUAGCAAAAAAAAAAAAAAGCCUUACUGCGUCACCUUUCCACCGGAGCGGCCGUCGGCCAGAGCAUGCCGUGUAGAAUCCAGAGCCGCCAUCGACGGGAGCCGCCGCCGCCGACAAAUCUGCCUUGUAAAUUUGGUUGGUUUUACUUCAAUUCCUGGAUUUGGUUCGUUUAUACCUGUUUUGCUUCAUUUGCUUCAUUUUUAUUUUUCAGUUGCCCCCUAACUUCAUCUUGUGGCUUUUGAUUAUUUGAUAUAUAUUCAUAUCAGCUCAUAUUCUUUUUACUAACUUAUCUUAAUUUCCAAAGCUUACUUUAUGAAGAUACUGAUCCUCUUUCAGUGAAUGUGAUUUAAUUGGCUUCCAGAAUCCUUUGUUUACCUUGUCGAUUAAAUGUAUUUGGAAGAUCAAGAGCAGCUAAUUACAUGAGAAGGGAAGAUUGAAUCAAAAAGUUGAUCAUGCCGAGCAGAAAGAAGAGAAAUAGAAAAAGGUUUGGUCGAAGCAGAAAAAGGUCGGAGGCCCUCCUCUUAUCGGUGAUACAGAAGCUUGACAUUAAUUAUCGACAGGAUGAAACAAAUAAGGAUGAAAUUGUUUUAAUGUUUCUCGAUAAGGAAAUAGAAAGGGUAAUUAGAGAGAUGAAAGAGAUUCUGGAUAUUGUGAGGGAUAAGAAAUUGGAAGAGAGAAGCCUAGAUUUUUUUGUAUAUGACCUUGUUGACGUGGCUAAUGAUGCUCUCUACCUUUACAAACAACGCGAAGACAAUUAUAUUUUCUAUGAGUCCAUCCAUAGAUGGAUCGGAGAGAUCAAAAAGCAGAUGCUUAAACUGGGAGAUGAUGAGUCCAACAUGAGAUCAUCAGAAAAUGUUGAAGAUGACACAUAUGUGGUGGGCUUGGAUGAAGAUGUGAAAAUGUUGCUUCGCAAAAGUAUUAUUGGUGGGGGAGAAUACUCGAAGAAUAUUCUUAUCAAAGGGAUGUCUGGUAUUGGAAAGACAACUCUUGCGAGAGAGAUAUACAACCAUCCAACCGUCAUUGAGCGAUUCAAGCAUCGUGCUUGGGUAUCUAACUCUACUAACUUCACUAUGAACGAGUUACUUAUCAAACUAAUACAACAGGUUGAUCCUCAUAAUCUCCAUACAUCUUCCUUAUUGGAGAAUAUGGACAACCGAAGGCUCCGAGAUCUGCUUCGCCAACACCUGAAAGGAAAGAGAUAUCUUAUAGUUCUCGACGAUGUUCCCAAACAAAUGCACUUGACUUCUUUCUUAGAAGCUCUUCCAUAUGAAGUUAAUGGAAGUAGAUUGCUGCUCACAAGUCACACGACGCAUAUGAACUUAACUCUAGGCAAUGAAGAUGUUCAUAUGAUGGAUUGUUUGGAUUCUAAACAUAGCUGGCAAUUGUUUUUGAAAACAAUAAACCAUGGCAAUAAAUUGACGGGUGAGCACAAAUUCCCGAAGACAUUGGAGCUUAUGGGAAAACAAAUGUUGAGAAAAUGUGGCGGUCUGCCAUUAGCUAUAAAAGAGGUGGGAAAGCAGUUAGCGGAAAAGAAAGUCUCAGAGGGGAUUGAAUGGGAACAACUUCUUGAAUCAGUUGAUUUUGGUUCAACAUUGAAGUUAUUGGAACCAUUUUAUCAUAAACUGGAUCCUAAAUUGGAUUCAUGUUUCUUGUCUAUGGCCUUCUUUAAGGAAAAUACAACUUUGAGGGCAGAAAAGUUGGCACAGAUUUGGUUUGCAGGAGGAGUGGUUUCAAGAUAUAACUAUCAAUCAUAUUUAGAUGGAUUAAUCAAUGAAUCUGUUAUUGAAGUCAAGGAAAAGCGCACGGAGUAUCGCAUGAAUGUUGUGCUACACAUGCUAUCCAUUCAAAAAGCAGAGGAGAAACUUGGUUUUGAGAUCCUAAGGAAUGGUGGAAAUAAUCGACCCUCUCAAACUCCUUGUCAUCAUCGUGUUAUCAUUUGUAGCAGAGACAAGUUCAACUACUCAACGGAUCAAGAUACACACAUUGUUUCUCUCUUCUUCCAUGGAGGUGGCUACUUGGACACUAGGCCGUCUUAUUGGAAGAGCUUUGAACAACUUAAGAUACUUGAUUUGGAAGAUUUUGGGUUGAAAAUUUUACCAGAAACUAUCGGCACAUUGAUGGAAUUAAUAUACUUGGGGUUGAGAAAUAAUUACAUAAAAGAGCUUCCACAGUCGUUGGGGUGCUUGGGAAACCUUGAGGUUCUUGACAUAGCUCAAAACUUCAUGGUGGAGGUCCCAGAUAUUAUAUGGGAGAUGGAUAGCCUUUGCCACCUCUACUUGUCUGAUGUGAUUAUCCGGAAGCCUUUGAAGAUACAGACGCUAGUGUUUCUGGAGACCUUAAGCUACAUCUCAGUUGAUAAUUGGACAUAUGAGCUCUCGGGCUUUAAAAUGUUGAAUUUGCUUAAGAAAUUGGGCAUAGAAGAAUUGGAUGGAAACUCAGAUGUAAGCAAGCUCUUUGAGUCAUUGGCUGACUUGAAGAAUCUUAAACACCUAGUCUUAAGAGGGUAUCGUUUCAUAAGCAUGCCUUGUUUGGAUGAGCUUCAUAUUCUACAAAGUCUCAAAACACUCAAAUUGGAUGGACUCCUUGGCAGGCUCCCAACAAGUUUCCCUCCAUAUCUUGAAUCAUUGACGUUGGUUAAUAGCUGUCUUGAUGAAGACCCCAUGCCACUACUUCGGAAGUUACCGGCGCUAGAGAACCUCAAAUUGCAGAAUGCAUACACUGGUCAACAAAUGGUGAUCUUGCAUGACGGUUUUCCCGAGCUCAAAGUCUUGUGCAUUGAAGAGUUGUGGAAUCUGAGAAAUGCACAACGUGGAAAAGGUGCAAUGUAUCGGCUCGAGAAAUUAGAAAUCCACAAUUGUCCGCAUCUGGAUAUCCACUCCGGAGCGAUGGCGUGUUUUAAAUAUUUGGUGGAAUCGAAAAACUUUGUUGCAAGGAUCAUGGAUUCAGACUUAAUCUCCGAAAACUUUGCUGCAGAGAUGAUGAAUCUCAAUCCGUGAGUUAGCACACAGUUGUCUGCAUUAUUAUAUUUACGUUUCUUGCUAGAUUUUCUUCCUUUUCCAGUCGCGACAAUUAUGGUCACUGUAUAUACAAUAAUUGUUACAAGAAAUAAAUGACAGUUUAAUCAA